UCUACCUUAACUCCACUGAAAGCAAAAGCAAGUUCCAAACUCGCACUUCUUGAAAAGUUGAAAACGUGAAAAGUUCCACCAGCCCGGAGAGGUGGUGCGUAAGUGGCUCAGUGAUCUGGUGCGCUAAAACAAGGGGGUGGGGUGGGCGGGGGACAAACAGAAAACAAAGUGUGUUUCUAGUCUUAAGUGGGCGUGCCUCCUUCAGGAAGGAAGUGAGUGAGGAUCCUAAGAAUGAGAGACAGGGAUUCUAGGAUUUCAACGACGCAGAAAACUAGAAGGGAAGGGGAAGGGGCUGCAGCUUCCGGGCCAGGGCGGCCGCGAGAGAAGCACACGCCCGAACUACAAGUCCCAGAAGUCCCUGCUCGGAGCCCGCGCCACGCCCCGCCGCGCAACGCCCGCCGGGAGUGGGUCAUAGCCGCCAAGAUGUCGCAGCCCAAGAAAAGGAAGCUUGAGUCUGGGGGUGGCAGCGAAGGAGGGGAGGGAACAGGAGAAGAAGAUGACGGGGAGUUCGAUGUGGCCCCCCCGCGACCGCGGAGGACUAAGCGCGAGCGGGACCAGCUGUACUACGAAUGCUACUCAGACGUGUCGGUCCACGAGGAGAUGAUCGCCGACCGCGUCCGCACCGACGCCUACCGCCUAGGCAUCCUGCGCAACUGGGCAGCGCUGCGAGGCAAGACGGUGCUGGACGUGGGCGCGGGGACUGGCAUCCUGAGCAUCUUCUGUGCCCAAGCCGGGGCCCGGCGCGUGUACGCGGUGGAGGCCAGCGCCAUCUGGCAACAGGCACGCGAGGUGGUGCGGCUGAACGGGCUGGAGGACCGCGUACAUGUCCUGCCCGGUCCAGUGGAGACGGUGGAGUUGCCGGAGCGGGUGGAUGCAAUCGUGAGCGAGUGGAUGGGCUACGGACUGCUGCACGAGUCCAUGCUCAGCUCUGUGCUCCACGCGCGGACCAAAUGGCUGAAGGAAGGCGGUCUCCUCCUGCCGGCUUCCGCCGAGCUCUUCAUCGCUCCCAUCAGCGACCAGAUGUUGGAAUGGCGCCUAGGUUUCUGGAGCCAGGUGAAACAGCAUUACGGCGUGGACAUGAGCUGCAUGGAGGGCUUCGCCACGCGCUGCCUCAUGGGUCACUCUGAGAUCGUGGUACAUGGUCUGUCGGGUGAAGACGUGCUGGCCCGGCCGCAGCGCUUUGCUCAACUCGAGCUGGCCCGCGCCGGCCUGGAGCAGGAGCUGGAGGCGGGAGUGGGCGGGCGCUUCCGCUGCAGCUGCUAUGGCUCGGCUCCGUUGCAUGGUUUUGCCAUCUGGUUCCAAGUGACCUUCCCUGGAGGGGACUCAGAGAAACCUCUGGUGCUGUCCACCUCGCCUUUUCACCCAGCCACUCACUGGAAACAGGCUCUGCUUUAUCUGAAUGAGCCAGUGCAAGUGGAGCAGGACACGGACAUUUCAGGAGAGAUCACGCUGCUGCCCUCCCGGGACAACCCCCGACAUCUGCGUGUACUGCUGCGCUAUAAAGUGGGGGAUCAGGAGGAAAAGACCAAAGACUUUGUCAUGGAGGACUGAGCGUUGCCUUUUCUCCCAGCCAUCUCCUAAGGCAGCCUGGCCUGUUGGGGAGAGGCACUGGGAGGUCGGAGGAGAAAGGGAGAUCUCAUUUACAAGUAUUGCCUGACAGCAUGGCUGUACAUAAAGAAUAUGACCUGGGAAACCAGACAUUCCAAAGCAAAACCAAAGUCUUUGGAGUGAGGAGCCCUGCAGAAGGAUGAAAGUGUAAGAUGUGUCAGUGUCCAGGCACCAUCCAAUCUGUAUGGACUGACAUCAGUUGCUUGGGACCAUUAGGGUCACAGGCAGGAACUGCUGGGCCCAAAAAGGGAGAGCAGUAAAGUUCUACCUGCUUCCCUCGUACAGCUUCCAUUUAUUUAGCACUGUGAGAUUUUGUAAAUAUUUUCAUUCAUUAGACCAACGAACAUUUUUGUCAAGUGUACAUGUAAUGAUUUUUGUGAUAAACAUGCCAGCUACAAACCAACUAGAUUCUGCCUUCAGAUAAAUGCCUUCUAAGUAAAAUUAGUGAUAAUGGGCUAUGUGUGUGGGGAGGUCCUGGUAUUUAGAAGGACACGUAGUUAUCUACCAACGUAUUACAAAAUAGUUUACAGCAAUACUGAAAGAUUUGCCUAAGGUUCCAUAGCUAAUUCUAAGCAGUUACAUCCUAAGCACAAGACUGACCUCCUAACCCCAGAGACAUUAACCUUGUACUGUUCUUUAAAGACAGAAAAGUUCGUAACUCUUGGUUGUUUUUAUCAUUUAAUGAAAGGAAAGGGACAACAGGAGCCUGAGGAAAUCCCUCUGCAUCUGCCUCUGAGGCCUUAAGAUCCAGCCUCCAGUGUGUAGGAUCUCAAGGAUGACAAAUACAAGGCUUACAGAGUACCCCACGCCCAUUUCCCUAGCUGCUAAUCAAAUGCAGCACUCUGAAAACUGAAUUCUUAACACAUAUGAUAAAUAUGCGCGUCCUAUCCUCAACAUAGGACACACAAGGGAAAAUAAAAUUACAUCAACAAUUUGCAUACAUUCUUGAACCUGAAAUGAGCCUCAUUCUAAUUAAAUCUAUUGAAGCAUGGCUGAAAGAACAACCUGGUGUCUAAAACUUCUCCCAAAUGCAAAAAUAUGUCAUCAGACAUGAAAUCUUCAGAAAAGUUCCUCGUAUUAACUCUAAAAGUGAGUCACUGUCUUCUGAUUUCUUUCAUAAUAGCCCCAGCACAUUGUGUAGAUGACCCUUCUCACAUUGGCUGCUACACAGCUGAACCAACUUUAGUGCCUCACUUUGACUUUUUUAAACCUUGCUUUCUAUCUGGCUUUUUGUAUGCUCGAUUUUUUUUUUUUUCUGAUUUGUCCUCUCAUUUGUAAUAAAUACCACAUUUUGUUAGAA